AGAUCUCCAUGAACAAGCAGCCAAGCACAGAGCCACAGAACCACAGAGCUGAAGAAACCUCGACUCCAGCGCGCGGUCCUUCUUAUAUUUACGACUGAUCUGCCGUACAAGAUACCAUCAUCGUCCAUGGCCUCCGCCGCGAGAUCCUGCGCCGUCUGCUGCUUCGCCGCCGCCGACGAGGUGGCGCCGACGGACACCCUCCGCGUCCUACGCCUGCAGCGCCUCCGCCUCCGCCGGGCAGCGACAGGCUGCCUCGACCCCAUCUUCGAGGAGCAGGAGGAGGAGGACGACGACGUCCCCGCCGCCUGCUCGCCCGGCGCAUACACAAGCAGUAGCUCCAGCGCCGUCGACCUUGCACAAAGUCACCGAUAGGGUAGUCCAGGAGCUGGACCAGUUAGACUCUUCUGUCGCUGUAAUACGCCUACUACUCCAGUUCGUGCACGCGUGCAUUCUGUAAUUAUUCCAUCGAGGCAUCAAUGAAGAAAUGCGAGUUAAUUAGGACUAUGCUCUUUGUAAUAAAGAAAAGAAAAAGUUGAAUCUUGCUCUGCUUCCCGUCCAA